CUCUCACUCAGAAGUCAAUGAACGCUUGCGAAUCAGCUGUUUGAAACUUGACCCUUCAUGAUGGGUUGCCUUUUGGGUUGUUUUAAUGCUUCCAAGCAUCAGAGACGCCACAAAUCAGCUCAAAUCUCUCCGUCCAAGCCUCAAAGCCAGGCCAGAGCUCUUUUACCUGCCGGAUCCACAGAGAAAGCAGACUCUGAAGCUCUCAUUGAGAUCAAAACGGAUUCAUGUGUAAGUGAUGAGAAGCAAUUGGAGGAGCUCAGCCGUGGCAAGAAGAAGGUUGCAUCUGAUUUGAAUGUCAAGAUUCACGAGGUUUUGCCUGCUGUUGAAGAAGAAGAAGAAGAAGAAGUUGGAGUUGGUGAUGUUUGGAUUGAGGUAAAAGAGGCGGGCGAGAGAGAAAGCGAAUCAGUCUGUCGUUCCACUUCAAUAGAAUCCAAUGGGUCAUCUUGUGCUUUGAACAAUAGAUACACGAAUUGCGCAAGUAAUGAUGACGAGCUUGGACGCACCGACCUCGAAGAAAUGGAUGUAGAAGAGGACGGUGUCGGAGAUGGCGGAGUUGGUGUUUGUGGUGGAGAGAUUGCGGCACAAGAAGAAUCAUCCGAGUCUCUGUUUUCUCUGUCGAUAGAUUCUAGGAAACAUUUCUUUGUCGCUGAAGUUGGGGAAAAGGAGGAGGUUAACAGUCCAUUCCCCGUGAAGAGUUCAUGCGGAAAUGAGCUCAACAGGUCUGCUUUCAACCAGAAUGCUCGACUUAGGAGCGAGCACGUCGAUGCGGCGCUGAACCCAAUUGAAAAUCUUCCUCAGCGGAAAGCCGUCACAGGAAGAGCAAAUUCUCCAGUAAAGAACCAGGACAAAGAGAAUGUCCACAAGGGGCAAGAGGUUCUUUUGUCCACCGGACCAAAGCCCACUUUCACGCCAGCCAAUCACCUUUGUAAACCGAGUUCAAACAAUUCUAGGUUCGCAGGCCAAGAAAUUGCAGUUGAUACAAGCCUUUCGAGCUGGUUGGUUGAUUCUGAAGCCACGCCCAAGUCCAAAUGUAGCAAUGACUCGGUGGGAAAUUCACCAUCAGAAAGAGCUAGCACGCCCAGGAGUGACAAAGGCCAGCCAGUUGAGGGAGUUCCUAUUGCAGAAGACCUCAGGCAGUUCUCUGCUUCUGCAUCUCCGAGGCGGUCAGGAGGCCGGACUCCUGACAAACCGCCUGUUUUAGGUACGGUGGGGAGUUAUUGGAGCCACACUGGGCAAGCGGUGGAGUAGGACUUGGGCUCUUCGUGCAAGCUUUCUUGUAAUGUGAAGGAGAGGUACCUGUGGAUUUUGGAUAAUCAGUGUAAAUUUUUUUUAGCUGGCAGUGUUUACUGACAAGCUUUCUUGUUA